AUGUUUACGUUUCUAUGUGCUCUUAUUGGCGUGGUCUGUUUUGCAUACUGUCGGCAAGAACGUCAAGAAAGGAAUAUUCAUCCUACUCUGGAAUCGGCUGUAGCUGAAUUCAGACGUGCAUUCUCGGGUGGUACACAAACAGAAGAAUCGCAAUCUGGUACAAAUGGCAAUAGCCCGAGAGCGCUGCGACGGUUUGGAGAUGAUCGUACUUGUCCAAUAUGUUUUGGCCAAGCUUCAUUCGCUGUUGUGACAAACUGCGGCCACCUAUUUUGUUGUAGUUGCAUUUAUGGGUACUGGCAGUACAGUGCUUCUUUGAUUACACCUGUAAAAUGCGCAGUGUGUAGAGAAACUGUUAAUUUGCUGAUUCCUUUACCAGUAGAAGGUGAAAGAGAAAGUAGUGCUGAUGAAGCACUACGAUGUGAUGAACGAUUAACCGACUAUAAUCGAAGGUUUUCCAAUGAAAGAAGACCAAUUAUUGAUUACAUUCGGGAUUUACCUAUAUUAGUCCCAUAUAUGUUUCGUGCUGCAGUUUCAGUCAACGGAUUGAUGUUUAUGUUUCGGAUUCGUGUCUUUUUAUGUCUUUUCGGUAUGGCCAUCUAUAUUUUGAGUCCGUUUGAUAUACUACCGGAAGCAGCGUUCGGUGUACUUGGUAUGGUGGAUGAUAUUUUUAUUGCAUUUGUUGUUUUGGUGUAUGCUACAAUUCUUUUUCGGCAACUGUUAGCUGGUGGACGAUUACGUUUUGGCGGUAAUGCUGGUGGUGGAAAUGGUGAACGAGAAAGAGGAAGGGAUUUUCAAGAAGAAUAA